AACCAUCUCCCAGUUUUAGUUACUAGUUCUUCACUUGUGCUUCCAUUCCCCUUAUUUGUGUUCCUGCCAGCCCAUUUCGCAAAAUCUUAUCCUCUCAUUUUCUUAUUAUAAUCUCUCUUUGCUUAAUUUGUUUUGUUUGUUGAAGUUAUGGGUGAGGCAGUUGAAAUAAUCUACACCAAUGGCUUCUCUAAACUUUGCACUCAACCACCCACUCAAACUCAUAAUCAGGUUCUUGUUGAUCAUCACUCUUCUUGGUACGAAGAAACCAUUGAUGAUGAUCUCAAAUGGUCUUUUGCCUUAAACAGUGUGCUGCAUAAAGGGACAAGUGAGUUUCAGGAAAUUGCUCUCCUGGACACAAAGCGCUUUGGCAAGGUGUUGGUGAUCGAUGGCAAGAUGCAGAGUGCUGAAGUGGACGAGUUUAUUUAUCAUGAAUGCUUAAUCCAUCCUGCUCUUCUUUGCCACCCCAAGCCCCAAAACGUGUUCAUAAUGGGAGGUGGGGAAGGGUCUGCUGCAAGGGAAGCCCUCAAGCAUAACUCCAUCGAAAAAGUGGUCAUGUGUGAUAUUGAUCAGGAAGUGGUGGAUUUCUGCCGUAGAUAUCUAACUGUAAAUCAAGAAGCAUUUUGUCACAAGAAGCUUAACCUAGUCAUUGAUGAUGCCAAGGCUGAGUUGGAGAAGAGGAAUGAAAAAUUUGAUAUCAUAGUUGGAGACUUGGCUGACCCUGUCGAAGGAGGGCCUUGCUAUCAGCUCUACACAAAGUCCUUCUAUGAGAAAAUUCUGAAGCCGAAGCUCAAGGAUAAUGGCAUCUUUGUUACUCAGGCUGGACCAGCAGGCAUUUUCACCCACAAGGAGGUAUUCUCUUCUAUAUACAACACAAUUAAACAGGUUUUCAAAUAUGUGGUAGCGUACAGUGCUCACGUGCCAUCAUUUGCUGAUACAUGGGGAUGGGUCCUGGCCUCAGACCAACCUAUUUCUAUAGAUGCUGAGGAUAUCGAUAGGAGGAUUGAAGAAAGAAUUGAGGGUGAAUUACUUUAUUUAAAUGGUGCUGCAUUUCUCUCCUCUACCAUUUUGAACAAGACUGUUUCUCUGUCGCUGUUAAAUGAGACGCAUGUCUACACUGAGGAUGAUGCAAGAUUUAUUCCAGGGCAUGGACUGGCUUAUAGAAAUUGAAGUCUCGGGCCUAUGACUGGCUGGGUGGGGAAUUGCUGUAUAGAGAGAAGAUUGACAAGAAUUUGAAUACAUUUCAUAUUUGUUUGCAAAACGAAGUUUGAAAUGCUUGGUUUUAGACUAUAUUUACUAAUGUAUGUUAGCUUCAUUGAUUGGGUUGUUCAUAGGACUCGAUUAAUAUGUCAAAGAGACCAUGUGAAAGCUUUCUCUUAAUUUAAUCAUUUAUGAGGCAUUCCUCCAUUCAGAAUUUCA